AAGUAUAGAGGGAGAGAGAGAUUCAGCCACACAAUGAACAUAGCAAUGGUCGCACAAGGCCUUCCCCCAAGCCUCAUCCUCCCAAACGCGCCCGAAGACAGACGUUGCCCCCAAAAAUGGCGCCCCGACGGAAAUCCCUCAGCUCCCUCGAAAAUUCAAAUUUCAACGGCUGCUUCUCUCGAUUCAAAAAUCAGGCCUUCCCUCUCUUCCAUUCUAACCUCGGCGGCCGUUGCUCUGUCUUUAUUGUGCUCGCCUUCUUCUUCUUUGGCUAUCCCAUAUCCGAUCUCUUCGAGUUCGAGCCCUCUCACGACCUCCACUCCUUACUUCCAAGCCCAGAAUCAGCAAUUCGGUCUCGAAGAUGGAAAGAUUAGGCCAUGCCCAUCCAUGAAUCCUGGGUGCAUCUCCACGAACCCGAAAUCAUCAUCGUUUGCUUUCCCCUGGAUAAUCCCUCAAACUGAUGCAGAAAACCCUCUCCAGAAAAUUGAGGAUGCAAUACGGAAAACGCAGGGGAACCCGAAGAUUAGAGCGAGAGAAAGCACACCUUAUGGGCAGUAUCUACAAGCAGAAGUUGAUGGAGGUCUAGGGCGUGAUAUGCUCGAGUUCUUGGUAAAGGAGGAUGUAGUUGCAUAUAGGUGCAUGGCUACAAAAGUCACAUAUAUCUACCCCUUUACCACAGCUUUUGGAGAUUCUAAAGGACAGCAUGAAAGACUUAAGAAAAUAAGUGAUGUAUUGGGAUGGUAUGCUCCUGAUUUUGAGACUAUGAAUGAAUAACUUCUAAAUUUUUACCGCACACUGAUAUCAAUUUUUUUUUUCUCUUGUAUGUAUUUCUUCUCUUCUUUCAAUGGCAUCAUGUGAAUUCCGAUUUGUGGGAUCACUUGCUCUGGUGCAUUUAUUACUUGUUAGUCAAGCAUGUAUAGUCCUGUAGCUUCUGUGGUGUAGUAUGAAUGUAUGUUGUUUGAGGAAUUGUUAUAGAAGAAGAAUCUCACAGUAUCUUUCGCUUAA